AAAGCGAGCUAGCGGGAACUUAUGCUGAGAAAGCCGGGGAAGAAAGCGACAGUCCGGGUCCUAGUGGAAGCGAGGAGGGAAGCCAGAACCUAGUCAGAGGAAGGAACUAGGAGCCAAGGCCGGGAGCGCCAAGGAGGGAACGGAGAGCCCGGACCGCAGCGAUCCAGGCUGGAGAGGGCCUAAGAGGGAACUGGAAAUCCCAGGCGGGCCUGAGCUAGGCCUGGGCAGGAAUUGUGUAUGUUUUUCCCUUCACCCUACCCCCAACCCGUAAGGAAACCCAGACUGUAUGCAACUUCAGAGAGGCCACUGUGAGAGGAACCACCACUUUUCCAAAGAGGAACCCAAAGGAAGACUGGGCAUCUCUUGCAAAUCUCAAAACCAUGGCUCAGGGGUCAGUAACAUUUAAAGAUGUGACUGUGGAUUUCACACAGGAGGAAUGGCAGCACCUGGAUCCUGCUCAGAAGACUCUAUACAUGGAUGUGAUGUUGGAAAACUAUUGCCACCUCAUUUCUGUGGGCUGUCACAUGACCAAGCCUGAUGUGAUUCUUAAGUUGGAACGAGGAGAAGAGCCAUGGACACCACUGACAAGUCACACCUGCUUAGAACAAAACUGGAGUGCCGAAGAUGUUUUAGUGAAAUUUAAGGAAUGUGAAGAUAAGUAUUCUAGAUCAGUUGUACUCAUCAGUCACAAAAAACUGAUUAAGAAGAACAGUAAUGCAUAUGACAGGACAUUUCCUUUAAGCAAAAACCCUAUAUAUUCAAAAAAUCUAAUUCCUGAAUAUAACAGUCAUGGAAAGAUUUUUAAAAAUGUAUCAGAAUUAAUCAUAAGUAAUCUAAUUCCUGCAAGAAAGAGUCAUAAUGAGUAUAAUGGAUAUGAGAAAUCACUCUUCAAUAGUAAACCAGAGACAGCUCACCAUGGAGUCAAAUCCCAUAAUCAACAUGGUAAAGAUAUCAAUCAUAAUGAAGUGCUGGUGCAAUAUCAUAAGAUGGAAACUCCAGUACAGUCAUUUGAAUAUAGUGACUGUGAAAAAUUAUUGCUUAAAAAGGGAGGUUUACUUACACAUCAUAGAGCUUACAGAAAUGAAAAUCCAUCUGAACAUAAUAAAAGGAGAAGAGCAACCAAUAUUGAAAAAAAACAUAUAUGCACUGAAUGUGGGAAGUCCUUCUGCAGAAAGUCAGUAUUGAUUCUGCAUCAGGGAAUUCACACAGAGGAAAAACCUUAUCAAUGCCAUCAAUGUGGAAACUCAUUUAGAAGGAAAUCAUAUCUCAUUGAUCAUCAAAGAACUCACACAGGAGAGAAACCCUUUAUUUGUAAUGAAUGUGGUAAGUCGUUCCGCCUAAAAACAGCUCUCACUGAUCAUCAGAGAACACAUACAGGGGAGAAAUCAUAUGAAUGUUCACAAUGUAGGAAUGCCUUCAGGUUGAAGUCACACCUCAUUCGUCAUCAGAGAACUCAUACAGGAGAGAAACCAUAUGAGUGUAAUGACUGUGGAAAGUCUUUCCGCCAGAAGACAACACUCUCUCUACAUCAGAGAAUUCAUACAGGAGAAAAGCCCUAUAUUUGUAUAGAAUGUGGGAAGUCCUUUCACCAGAAGGCAAAUCUUACUGUACAUCAGAGAACUCACACAGGGGAAAAGCCCUAUAUUUGUAAUGAAUGUGGGAAGUCCUUCUCCCAGAAGACAACCCUUGCUCUUCAUGAGAAAACUCAUAAUAAGGAGAAACCCUAUAUUUGUAAUGAAUGUGGUAAGUCUUUCCGCCAGAAGACAACCCUCAUAGCACAUCAGAGAACACAUACUGGGGAAAAAUCUUAUGAAUGUCCUCACUGUGGGAAGGCCUUUAGAAUGAAGUCGUAUCUCAUUGAUCAUCACAGAAUUCACACAGGAGAGAAACCAUAUGAAUGUAAUGAAUGUGGAAAAUCCUUCAGUCAAAAGACAAACCUCAAUCUACAUCAGAGAAUUCAUACAGGGGAAAAACCCUAUAUUUGUAAUGAAUGUGGGAAGUCCUUUCGCCAGAAAGCAACCCUCAGUGUACAUCAGAAAAUACAUACAGGUCAGAAAUCCUAUGAGUGUUCUCAGUGUGGAAAAGCCUUUAGCAGGAAGUCAUAUCUCAUUCAUCAUCAAAGAACUCAUACCGGAGAGAAACCGUACAAAUGUAAUGAAUGUGGGAAGUGCUUCCGCCAGAAGACAAAUCUCAUUGUACAUCAGAGAACUCACACAGGGGAGAAACCCUAUGUUUGUAAUGAGUGUGGUAAAUCCUUCAGUUAUAAGAGAAACCUCAUUGUCCAUCAGAGAACUCACAAAGGAGAAAACAUAGAAAUUCAAUAAAUGGUGUGAUUUCUUUGUGAAGCCUUCCUUCCAAAGUUAUUAUAAAACUUUAGUUUUUUUUAAAAGCAUGCUAAUAAGAUAAUUUUAAUCACAAAUGUAAUAAUAGUUAAUAAUU